CUGGCUCCCGCAGUGCCCAGGUUAGGUUGCGCCUGGUCUGGGCUGUUGGCGGUACCGCGACGACUGAAGCAAUGGCCGAGGAGGAGCCGCUGCCUCCCGGUUGGGAGAAGCGGAUGAGUCGAAAGUCAGGUCGUAUUUACUUCUUCAAUCAUAUAACCAAUAAGAGCCAAUGGGAACGUCCCAAAGCAGGUGGAAAUUACGGUUCUGUUGAGCCUGACAAAGUCCGGUGCUCACACCUCUUGGUGAAGCACAACCAGUCACGGCGUCCGUCCUCCUGGAGACAGGAGGAGAUCACGCGCAGUAAAGAAGAAGCGCUGGAAACAUUGAAUGAGUAUAUCCAAAUGAUCAAAUCUGGAGAUGCAUCAUUUGAAAGCUUAGCAUCCAAAUACAGUGAUUGCAGCUCUGCAAGAGAAGGGGGAGAUCUGGGCUAUUUUGGUAAAGGUCAAAUGCAGAGGCCAUUUGAGGAAGCCACAUAUUCACUGAAGAUUGGAGAAAUGAGUAAUCCCGUUUUUACGGAUUCUGGUAUUCAUGUCAUCCUCCGUACUGCUUAAGGUGCCUCCUUUGGUUUGUCUUUGCAGAGUGAAUCACCCAGCCACUACUGAAGACCUUUAUGGAAACAUUCACCCACUUUGCAUCAUAUAUCCUGGUCUCCCUAGUAUUUAACAAUUUUUGUCUUCAGCCAUUUGUCCAGCGCGCUUGCAGGCACUCAAGACACCAGGGGGAGGAAUUGACCUUAACAAUUAUUGAAACUGAAUCUUUGAAAUAAUGCUGUCUCUAUGCAGCAGUCCAAUUGUUGAUCCAAUAUGUAGGGUGAGUGCAGGUUAGUGCCAUUCUGAGCUGUAUUGCCGUUACACUGUUGUAACGCUUCUGCUAUACAUUGUGUUAAAGACCGUUUAAAUUUUAUUGGAGUAACGCAGGCUUAAUUUAGACAAAAUUAAUGUUUAUUUUCCCAGCACAGAGAUUGUGAGCGAGUGUAGCAUCCCUAUCUUUAUCAGCACUAUCCCUAUCCCUAUCAGCACUGCUUUAGUUAUUGGAAAUUGCACUAGUGCAAAAAUUCAUUAGGUGUAUGUGUUUAGUCUCUUUAUUAUUGGAAGUGGAGUCUGUUAAGCCUAUUGUUUGUAGUUAUAGCAGGGCCCUUUACCACUUCCAUGGAAAUGCGUAUGUGGGGAGUACUUCAGAUCACUUGCCCUUUAGCUACUGUGCUCCUGGCAUACAGCAUUGUUGCUGAUCUUAAGACCAUUGCUGGUAGUCUUGGACAGUGGUUGUACAGGUGAACCUGCCCGACCAUUCCACAAGGUACUAGUAGAAAUGCAGUUCCAAAAAGUGGAGAUCAGAACUGCUGGUAAAGAGAGAAUGUGGAAUAACUUUGCUCCUUUCUGUUGCUAAGAUCCUUUUAGGCUGGUUAGCUUGCGUGUGUGUGUGCGUGUGUUUUCUUUUUGAACAGUUCAUAGUGCACCGAAGCUACGAAAAGAAACAGGUUAUGGGAAAUGUAAGGUUAUAUUUGUCUGGCUAAGUCAAAUAAAGAAAUUCCACAAAAAGUA